ACGCGGCACUGCCUGCAGCACAACCUCGGGCUCGGCGGCGCCGUCGUCGUGACGGUGUACAGGCGGGCCGACGGGCAGGCCGCGCCGGCCAUGGACUCGGCGGCCGUCGGCGAGGCCAACGGGCUGGGGUACAACCCGGCGGUCGAGGCCAGGGGGUUCACGAGGGAGCAGGCGGAGGGGGUCAUGAGCAGGCGGGCGAGGAGCGAUUGGGCGCUGCAGGACACGCUGGACAAGGUUGAGGCGCGGUUCUAG